AUGCUCAAGUGGACAGCAUCGACACAGCGACUGCACGAGCUGCCUGCGCCGGAGCUGCGAGCGGCUCGACGUCAGCGUCGACAGCGACGGGCCACGAUUGCCAACAAGGAGAACGUGCCGAGUGUGGGCUACAACAGCUCAACGCCGCAGCCAUUGGCUCGGCUGCGCAACAGUCCGCUCGUGCUGGCGCCACUUAGCGACAUACGCAACAUAACGCCGGAGCUGGCGUCGGAGCAGCACCAGCAGCAGCAGCAGCAUGGACGUCGGGUGGUGCAGUCCGUGCGCUAUGCAACCACAUUGCCACGUUACGAGGAGGAGUACUCGCCCAGCCUGCCGAGCGGACAGCACUUGGCGCUGCGCGGUCUGCUGCCGCUCGAUCCGUUUCUGGAGCAGCCGCGCUACAUGGAGCAGCUGAAGAAACGCAAGCUGGAGGCCGACUUUCUGGCCACCAUGGACCAGCCAGUGGAGCAGCCAGCUAAGCCAACGCGCGUCCAAGUGCAGGCCGCGCCACGUCCAGUGACGCCACAGCCCUCGACCAACAUGGGCGACCAGACGCUGGACAGGCUGAUCGACGCGAUCCUCGACUCGGCCUGCAAGGCGGAUCCCAGCAGCCAGAAGAAGAAGCCGCGCAAGUCCUUCAAUCUGCGCCGGCGCACGCUGCUCAAGCAGCAGCAGCAGCCGCAGCAGCAGCCGGACACCCAAGCGACGGUCAUGUUGUCGCCCUCGUAUGCGCCCGGCGAUGAUCCGGCGAGCGAUUUGAGCUUUGCUCUGUUGCCGCUGCCCGCCACGCCGGAGCCGGAGUCGAACAGCGUGCUGCUCCAGCUGCCUACGCCGCAGUUGGCGCUGCAGUUGCCCAACCAUUCCGACACCUUUUGCCUGGCCACGCCCACGCCCGUGCGCCCACGGAAACGAAGUCGUGGGCGAGAGAUGCAGCCGGUGCGAGCGGUGAGCGUGGAGACGCCGCCCAAGCGCCUCAAGGUGGAUGCGCGCAACUAUUUCGAGGUGGGACUCGCGCUGCCCUCCAUCUACGUCUAA